CUCUUCCCACUGCCAUUUAGAUUAUCACAUCUCUCUCUCUCUCUCUCUCUCUCUCUCUCUCUCUCUCUCUCUCUCUCUCUCUCUCUCUCUUCUGGUUUUCAAUGAAGCACUACCAAGCCAAUCUUCAUGAUCAUGAGCUUCCCUCUGGGAAAUACCAGGCACUUAUACUAAAGCCUCCCAAAAAAAUUGUUCUUCUAGUCUUUGCCCUACUUCUUCUUACAAUAAUCCCAUUCUAUUACUCUUCAUUAAGCAACUCUUUUUUCCUUAGAAAAACUAUUCCAAACCCACCAUCACUACCCUCUUCUCCAUCAUAUGAUGAAGAAGCUCAUGAGGAGUUGCCAACCAUAACUAAUAAUCUAAAGUGUGACAUAUUUAGUGGAGAAUGGAUUCCAAAUCCAGAGGCUCCCUAUUACACAAACACGACAUGUUGGGCGAUUCACGAGCAUCAGAACUGCCAGAAAUAUGGAAGACCAGACUCAGAGUUCAUGAAAUGGAAGUGGAAGCCCGACGGGUGUGAACUGCCCGUUUUCAACCCGGCUCAGUUCCUUGAAUUGCUCCGAGGGAAAUCAUUGGCCUUCGUUGGAGAUUCUGUGGGUAGAAAUCAAAUGCAGUCACUGAUAUGCCUUCUUUCUAGGGUGGAAUAUCCGAUAGAUGUUUCAUACACAAAGGAUGAGAAAUACAAACGCUGGAAAUACACAUCCUACAACUUCACCAUGGCCUCAUUUUGGACGCCACAUUUGAUCAAAUCCAAAGAAGAAGACAGUCAUGGUCCAACCAACACUGGUAUUUUCGGUCUCUACCUCGACGAACUCGAUGAGGCAUGGACAAGCCAAGUUGAGGACUUUGAUUACCUCAUUAUUUCCGGAGGGCAUUGGUUCAUGCGAUCCAUGGUGUUCCAUGAAAAUAACAAAAUCUCAGGUUGUCACUAUUGCCUCUUAGACAAUGUGCCUGACUUGGGAAUGUUCUACGGCUACAGAAAGGCGUUUAGGACAGCUUUUAAGGCCAUCAACAGCUUGAAAAAUUACAAGGGUAUAACGUACCUUAGGACUUUUGCACCAUCACAUUUUGAGAAUGGGAUGUGGAACAAAGGAGGGAAUUGUGUGAGAACGAAGCCGUUUAGGAGCAAUGAGACCCAAUUGGAGGGUGCCAGUUUGGAGUUUUACAUGAUUCAAUUAGAGGAAUUUAGGACUGCUGAGAAGGAAGGGAGAAAGAAGGGGUUAAAAUAUAGGUUAUUGGACACAACACAAGCCACGUUACUAAGGCCAGAUGGUCAUCCUAGUAGAUAUGGGCAUUGGCCAGAGGAAAAUGUGACUUUGUAUAAUGACUGUGUGCAUUGGUGCCUGCCAGGACCUAUUGAUACUUGGGGUGAUUUCUUGCUUGAGAUGUUGAAGAUGGAGGGUAUCAGAUCAGCUGAGGAGAAGCGCUAUUCAAGAGAUAGAAGAAUGCAUUGAUCGAAGUUGGAUAUAUUUGAUUGCUUAAUUUGGUAUUCUUCAUUUGUUAUGAAGUUUUUUUUGGUGUUGGGAGUUUGUUUGUGAUGUAAUUAGUGGCUACAGAAUAAAAUUUAAUUAAAAUAAUAUGAAAUCUUAUUCUA